AGUGCACUGCAACUUAUGGGACAGCCUAAUAAAUUCAUUCUUUGGCAAAUUCAUUGAGUGAGUUCAGCGAUAUGUUUGUUAUUUAAUUGCGGGCAGUCGGGCAGUGAUGAUGGGAUGGAGACGAUCAUAAGUGACAAGCUGAACGAUAAAUUGUGUGAUUUUGUGGAGAAGGGAUGUAUGACCAAUAUCAGGAUCUGCCUCCGGAAAGGUGCUGAUCCGACCAAAGUGGGCCCCAAUGGGAUGACAGCCAUUGGGUUGGCCGCUAAGAAGGGUAACUACGGGAUCCUGUCGCGCCUGCUGUGUGAGACAGAUCGCGGGAAGGCCAAGAAGAUGGAUCUGAGUGAGUACGAUACAACUCCGGAUGGGAUGGAGGGCCUGGAGUGGGAUGAUGAGAUCGAUUCGCGGUACUGCUUCUCACCGGACAAGGAGUGGCUCAAUCUGUACACGUACUAUGCGAGAAUGUGGGAGAACUUUGGGGAUAUGCUCACGACUGCCAGUAAGAUUCGCGAUGAUCCACACUGCCUGGAUUACCAUCACUUCGCCCCCAUUCACUAUGCCGCUCGCUUUGGGCACAUGAUCUGCGUGAAGCUCCUGCUGGACUACAAAUGUCCCGUGGAUGCGGUCACGCACGCCGGGAAGACAGCACUGCAUAUUGCGUGCGAAUUCCAGCACGCCCCCGUUGUGGAGCUCCUCAUUCGCUACAAUGCAAACCUCAAUCAGAAAACCUUCAACUCCCGCGAGUUUCCCCUCCUGAUUGCUGCCCGGAAUGGCAACACGGAAAUUAUUUCCAUGCUUCUGAAGGCAGGAGCUCUUGUGGAUGAGCGCAAUCUGCAGGACAUUACUCCCCUCAUGGAGGCCAUUGAAAUGAAGAAUGUUCAAGCAGCGAAGCUUCUCAUUGAGAGUGGAGCAAAUAUAAAUCUUCAGGAUCGUGAAGGCCUCUCACCGCUCUGCCUUGCUGUUAUGAGUGAAUCUGUGGAGCUGGUGAGGCUGUUGCUAGAGAGAAAUUGCCGGAUUGUCCUAUCGCACAAUCUUCUCCACAAAUCAAUUGCCGCGAACAACAAUGAGCUGAUAAAGUUGCUUGUUGAGGCGGGCGACAAUGUCAAUGCGCGCGAUACAUUUGGGCUGUCGGUGUUUGAGAAGUUGAUUACAUUUGGGAAUGAGGAGAUGGUGCUCUUCUUGUCGCAGUAUGCCCCUAAGAGUGCAACGUGCUCCUCUGAAUCCACAGAGGUCUUUAUGGCCAUCAAUAUACAGUCAAAGCCAAAGUUUCAGCGAAUGUUGAAUCUUCUGUUGCACCUUAACAGUGAUAUUGAUGCAACACUGUGGAAUGAGACGCCCCUUUCCACCACAAUACGCGUCAAGCAGUACGACUACGCGCGUAUUCUCAUCCGCGAAGGCUGUUCCGUGCGAAUUCGUCAAAUGGGCAAUGCUGUGGAGUUGCUGCGACGCGAUGGCACGGUCAUUGUGCUGAAGUACCUCAUUAAUGCCGGGCUAAGGAUUUGGGACUUUCCUGAAAUUGCAGCAUCAAUAAAGCCCACACCGCAGGCUAAUCGUGCUGAGCACUAUCUCGCCUCUGUGGCCCACAAUCCGCUGUCGUUGCAGCAAAUUGCACGAAUUCGCAUUCGUGAUGCCCUGAGGGCACGUAGAAAACCCCGUGAGAGGGUUUUCAGGUUUACACGCCCAGUUAGCAAUGUUGACUACACCGCAUCGACAUUUGAAGCGUGUGUUCAGAGUCUUGGAUUGCCCAAAACACUCACGGACUAUGUCUACAGAUUCUCAGAUUUAGAAUAAAAAAAAUCUUCUAAUUUUUAAUUUAAGAAUGAAUAAUAAUCAUCAAAAUCCGCACACUUUACUGAAAAUUUCGCAAAAAUUGCCGCAAGCGCGUUGAUUUGCAUUCACAUCACGCGAGAUGUGUUGAGAGAGAGAGUCAAUAAGCUCCAGAUGCCCGUCCAAGGACGGUCAAAUGGAGAUUAAUUAAAAGCAAUCAAAGAAUCACACACAUCAUGCUGUCUAAAGUUGCGUGGAAAUGUAUUUUUCUUAAAGAUCUGCGACGUUUUAGCGCCAAGAAAAAAGCUUGACAAAUAUGGUGACAGCGGUGGGAUACAAUUAAUUUUAUGAAAAAUCCAUUAAGUUUUGUUUUUUCUUUACCGCUGUUUGUGAAUAAAAUUGCGAGCUUUGAGAUCUUUGCAACAUUCAAAACAUUAAUCAUUAAUCACACACAAAAGAUUAUUCAUACAAUUGGUGGCAGAGCGGUGGAAUCUCUCUAUCCCACCGCUGACACCAAUUGUUUCAUCUAAAUUUUUUUAAGGAAAAAUUUAUUAUCAAACCCCAAAAAGCCAAAGAAAACCUAUUUUCAUCUAAUUUAUUUGACGAACAAUUUAUUUAUCAAAUUAAUCUAAUUUUUUUUAAUUAAAAAAUUUAUUUCGGUUCAAAGAAUUUUCAGUAGAGUGUGCAAAAAAAAUUCAAGAUAUGCACAGUGCUUCCCAAACCUUGACGGCUAAGAAGACAAAUUAAAAAUACUCCUUUAGCUUCAAUUAAAAUGAAAAUUAAGUGACUAAAAUGAAUACAAAUUAGUCGGGUUCUUUUUUUGCUUAAUCCAAAAUAGAUUAACUGUGCCAUUUGUCUGUGUUGAAAAGUCAUCUAAAGAGAGAGAAAAGAAAUAAAGAACGUCUCGCAUGAAAGUGGACAAGGAAAUACAUUUUAUUCUUAGCUUUCCGCGACGCUACAUUUGUUUACAUUUCGCCCCGAGAGUUCAAGGAAGUUUAUUGUUUGGGGCGUCCUUCAAUGGUGUUUUUUUCUUGUAGAUUUUUCUAUGGGAAUUUUCUUAGCAUUUUUGAUGGGGAGAAUAAACGAUAUUAAUUAAAAAUUAAUGAAAAAUAAAUAUUAAAGGAAUGUUUUGAAGAAAAUAUCAUGAAAUAGUCGAUAUUUGGUGCUUGAAAUAAUCUCUAAAAAAUUCUGUUUGAAAGUUUUGAGAAACAAUUUUUGUCUAAAAUUAAAGUUUAGGGAAUAAUUUAAAAGAAAUUUUAAAAAUUUAGGAAAAUUUUAAAAAAAUAAAACUGCCGAAGAGAGGAAUCUUUUUUUAUUUGUUUUGAUUUAUUUAGUGCAUUUAAAAAAUAUAUUUUUUUACUUUAUUAAUUUUUAUUUAUUAAAUUUCAUAUUUUUGAAAUUUUUUAAAAACAUUUUACAGCUCGAAUUGUGUUCAAAUAUCAAUUUAUGGGGUCGUUUCUGAUAAAAAUCUUUUCUUUCCUUACAAUUCGUCAGUUAUAAGAUUUUUGGUAUUCUGGGAAAAAUCUUGUAAGAUUAACAUUUUAUUUUUCUUUAAACGGGUUUCUGAAAGAAAAUUACUUUUCUAGGGCUCUUUAAAGUUCUUUCUCACUAUUUUCUGGAACAAUUAAUUCUUUGUUUUUCUUUUAAAAACUCCAUCUGUCAAAAUCUUACAACAAACUUUUAAGUUGUUAGAAAAGAAAAGAAAAGAUUUUUAUCAGAAUCUUAGAAAAGAAUUUUCUGCCUUAUUUUUUUAUCAAAAUUAUUUUUUAAAUCUUUUGCAACGAAUUAACCUUAAUUAAUUAAAUAAAAAUUGUUUCUUCGAAUCAAGGCACGGCCAAUAUAUGCUGAAUAGCCUCCUUUUCUAGCUUCUUCUCGUUUUUACUUUCUUUUCUUUCUUUUCUCUUAUUCUCUGUAAACCUUUCCCAUGAAAAGUCUUCAGCAUUAAGCGCUUAAAUCUACAAUGUGAUAAGCCCGUAAGAAAUGCAUUUUAACGUUGGAAAAUUUUUUUCUCAAAACUUUCAGCACAACCAAUACAAAAGUGUUGAAGCACGAAAUGAUUUUGUAUUCAUUUAUUGGACGCGCGUGUUAUUAGUUAGUCUUUGCAAUUGUAUGACCCAAAUAGGUAAUUAAAGGCAAUUAUUUACAGCGACUGUGAGUCUUUAUUGAUCAAAAAAAAAAUCUUAAAGCGUUGAGCAUUUUAUUGCUUCUUCAUGCAAAUCCCAACCAUAUUUAACCAUUUAAAGAUUUAUGCAAAAAUAAAGAAUUAGAAAAAAAAUUAUCAUAAACGAUGGAAUGUCUCAAUGAAUAUUUUAAGUGUUUUAUAUAAGCAAUUGUGAUGAUAAUUGAGAUAAAAUGGAGAUUUAGAUGUUAAGCGAAUUAUUCUUCUUUUUUUUGCAUGGAAACAAAUCUUUGGGGAGCACUGUGGGAGAGAUAAUUGAAGAAGAAAUAAUAAAAAAAAACUCUGUGAAUUUCAAGUCACAAAAAAGGAAAGAAAGAAAUAUUCUGUAUUUUAAAAUGUAACCUCGUAACAAUAUUAAUAUUAAUAAUACAAUAUAAUAUAUUAAAUUGCCUCCUGAAGAUGA